GCUGCCCUCCCCUCCGGCCCCGCUCUCUUCCCUCCGGCCCCGCUGCCCUCCCCUCCGGCCGCCCCCGUCUUCGGCACCACCCGCAGCCGCGACCAUGCUGGCGGAGCAGGAGAACCAGGAGAACGUUCCCCCGGGGAGCAAAGCGCAGCCUCCCGCCGGCACCCGCGUGGCGCUGGGGCUGCUGCGGGGCGCCCAGCAGCGUCCCGGGCUCUCGCUGCAGGCGGCGCGGGGAGGCGGUGAGGGCCAUGGCGCGGCGGCGGGGCGGCCGGUCGGCGGGCAGCAGCCCUUCACUAUCCAUGUGGACGAACCGGACGGGGAGCAGCAGCAGCGGCGGCGGCGGCGGGGCAGCCCGGCCACCCAGAAGGAGGAGGCGGCGGCGCUGGGGCUGCGCGCCGCGGUCUGCGCCUUGGGGGUGCGGCGGCCCUUAGCCCCCCUGGACAACGCCAUGGAGCUGAGCUUCGAUUCUCCAAGUAUUAUGGACAUUUCAAUAACCUCGGAAGCAGAAGAGAAACCAAACGUGAAUAACGUCCCAGACUAUAUCGGCGAUAUCCAUCAGUACCUUAGGGAAAUGGAGGUGAAAUGCAAGCCUAAAAUAGGUUACAUGAAGAAGCAACCUGAUAUCACAAACAACAUGCGGGCUAUUCUUGUGGACUGGCUGGUGGAAGUUGGAGAAGAAUACAAAUUACAGAAUGAAACUCUGCACUUAGCUGUAAAUUACAUCGACAGGUUUCUUUCGUCAAUGUCUGUUUUGAGAGGAAAACUUCAGCUUGUGGGCACUGCAGCUAUGCUGCUUGCAUCAAAGUUUGAAGAAAUCUACCCCCCUGAAGUUGCAGAGUUUGUCUACAUCACAGAUGACACCUAUACCAAGAAGCAGGUUUUAAGGAUGGAGCACUUAAUUUUGAAGGUUUUGUCGUUUGACUUGGCAGCUCCAACAAUCAACCAGUUUCUCACUCAGUAUUUCCUACAUCAGCAGCCAAAUGCUAAAGUGGAGAGCUUAUCAAUGUACCUUGGGGAGCUGAGUCUAAUUGAUGCUGAUCCUUACCUGAAAUACUUGCCAUCAGUUAUAGCUGCUGCAGCAUUUCAUCUAGCAGACUAUACAAUCACUGGACAAAGUUGGCCUGAAGCCCUGUGCAAAGUAACAGGCUAUACCCUUGAAGAUAUCAAGCCUUGCCUCAUGGACCUACACAAGACCUACCUCAAAGCAGCACAGCACACACAACAGUCCAUCAGGGAAAAGUACAAGAGUACGAAGUACCAUGGAGUAUCGCUUAUUGACCCACCAGAGACACUAAACUUAUUGCAAUAAUCAAGAGACUGACCUUUUAAAAGAUGUAUAUUACAAGAGAAUGAUGUACAGUUUUAAACAUGGUUCAAAAUCCUAGAAGUAAUCACUCAGAAAAUUAAUACAGGUUUUGAUGAGCUUAAUUAUCAAGUUAGUUUUAUGUGGUUUAAAUGUAAAUCUUUUGUAUAUGCAAUCUUAUAAUAUUUAGCUGGGUUUUUAUAAAAAUGUUCUCUUCAAGCACAGAAUUAACCAUGCAGACCAAAUUAAGUCUGAGACUGCUUAUCUAAUUAUAGACUAAACAUUAAUGUUAGCAAUGCAUUAUUAUAGUAGGGCUUCUACUCCUUCC